GUCUCUAAAUCCAGUUACUCCGGCGACAUGCACUUGCUUUCUCUCUCUGUUUCACUUCUCCCUUUCUUCCUUUUUCCUUUCUCUCUUUCUCUCUUUCUCUCUCCAAUUCACUUUGCCAAAUUUUCAAACAAACCAACCCCAUACGUGUAUUGUCAAAAUGUUGUCAGAUUAUUUUGUUGAAAUAUCGUUUCCGAAAUAAAUAUUUUGGGUUCCACACAAAAAGUUUUUGUCUUCAUUUCCACUUCAAGCUGGUAUUUUUAUGUGGCACUGGGCCUCAAGAAGCUGCAACUAAUUGCAUUAGUGAAUUGUGUGGAAUACCCUUUUCGGGGAGGAAGAAUUUGUGUCCAUGGAGAAAAACAAUUUUGAUUACAGUCCUUUGCUUUCUCCUCGUGGCGAUGAAACUGCAAGCAAGACACUAUCAUCUUCUCUUGUGUCAGCUACUAAAUGGACUCUCAAGUUUUUUAUCUCCGUCAUCUUUGUUUUGUGGACAGCUUUUAUUUUUUUUCAACCUGCAAAGCCUGUGCAUAACUUGUUUUCAAAAUGGUAUGAGCUCAGCCGUAAUACUCCUUUUGGAAUCACAGGAAGCAUCUUUUUGGUGUUCACUGCCCCAUUACUCAUAAUUGCAUUUCUUGCCAUUGCGCACCUAAAUCUUACUGGGGAGGAUCAACUUCAAGGAAAGAAGAGUUCCAAACUUCCUAGGUUCCGCCUAUGGACAUUUCCUGUGCUUAUCAGAGGACCAUUUGGGGUUGUUUCUGCCACAGAAUUCGUUGGGAUUGUCCUGUUUUUGCUGUAUGUUUUCUGGGCUACUUAUGCUUAUAGUGUGCAGGCCCUUGGAAUGAUCUCUGAAUCUGAUCUGUCCUCCUUUAGAGAGAAGAGCAUAUUCAUGAUAAAAAUUAUGGGACUUCGAACCGGCGCGAUUGGAUUAAUGUGUUUGGCAUUCCUAUUUGUCCCGGUUUCAAGGGGAUCUGUUCUUCUCCGCUAUAUAGAUAUCCCUUUUGGACAUGCCACAAGAUAUCAUGUAUGGCUGGGACACCUCACGAUGGUGAUGUUUACUAUCCAUGGACUUCUCUAUGUCAUUGCUUGGGCAAUGGAAGGCCUCCUUGUACAAAAACAAAGUUAUUUGAAAGAUCAGUCCAAUAAUGAAAAUGUUGAUGAUAAGAUUCACCAAAAUGGCUCUUUGGCUCCCAAGGAUCAAAGUGAAGACAGUGUUGAAAAGUCAACUGUUGUUACCUAUGGUUCCAGGCCAGACUUCAAAGAAAUCUAUGAAUCAAGUUCCAAGAAGUGGGGCCUUGUUGAUGUGGGUGUCAUAGUUUGCGGCCCUUCAACACUUCGGACAAGUGUUGCUGAAGAAAUCAGGUCACACAGCAUGACAAGACAACGCCAUGAUUCCAUCUUCCAUUUCCACAACCAUGGCUUUGAUCUCUAGCUCCCCAAAAGGAAGAUGGAAGACAACAUUAGCUAUUUAAGUAUAAUAUAAAUCCAUUUUUUAGAAAUAAAAAACAAACAGAAAAAUGUUUAACCUGUGUUACGAAUAGCUUACGCAUAUAUAUUACCUUUUUUUUUUCCUGCCA